AAAAGACGAAGCGUCAAAAAGAAACCCCGAGGAAAAGCAAAACGAAGGAGGAAGACGUCAGAGCCACCUCUCUCUCUCCCCACUCUGUUUUCUUUUCGCUGCACAAGCGCCUUCUCUCUUUCUCUCUAGAAGUUUCCCUGUGCUUGUCUUCUGCUUUUUGCCGGUCUUCGUUUUCUGGGGGCAAAAAGAGGAGGAAAAGGAAAGGAUAGCAGAGGAAACAGGAAGCUCUCGAUCUCCUACUAAUGGGAACGGAGAUUUUCUCAGCGUUGUAAAUUCCAGAUAGUUUCUGGGUUUUGUCUCGAAGAUCUGAGCCUUGGAGAAAACUAACGAGGCUGCGUUCAUCGAGAAAAUGCGACGCCUUUGUCCGGGAAUCUUUUGAUUUAAACACUUCGUUUUCUCACCUACCAGACACUGGGUUUUUGUUUUAUGUAAUCUGGUAAGCUUUCAGGGCUCUGUUGUUUUCUUCCUGGCUGUAUCCCUGCUGAGUCUGUUCAUGCUUCUCUCAGAUCUAGGGUUUUGAAGCAGACGAGGAGUAAGCCCAAAUCUUCGUUCUGACCGUUCUGAUCUUUAUCAGUCUUUUUUGAGCUUACGAGAUGCAGCGGCCGCCGCCGGAAGAUUUCUCCCUGAAAGAGACCAAACCCCAUCUCGGGGGAGGGAAGGUCACUGGGGACAAGCUGACAAGUACAUAUGACCUUGUCGAGCAAAUGCAAUAUCUGUAUGUCCGUGUCGUCAAGGCCAAGGAAUUGCCCGGAAAGGACAUGACCGGCAGUUGUGACCCUUAUGUCGAAGUUAAGCUCGGAAACUACAAGGGUACUACUCGGCAUUUCGAGAAGAAAUCAAACCCCGAGUGGAACCAGGUCUUUGCUUUCUCAAAGGACAGGAUCCAAGCCUCGUUUCUCGAAGUUACCGUGAAGGAUAAGGAUGUCGUGAAGGAUGAUUUCAUCGGUCAUGUUGUGUUUGACUUGAACGAGAUCCCGAAGAGAGUCCCGCCCGACAGUCCAUUGGCCCCUCAAUGGUAUAGGUUAGCGGACAGGAAGGGCGAUAAAGUAAAGGGAGAGCUUAUGCUGGCUGUCUGGUUCGGUACUCAGGCCGAUGAGGCGUUCCCUGAAGCGUGGCACUCAGAUGCCGCUACUGUCAGUGGAACCGAUGCACUUGCCAACAUCCGGUCUAAGGUUUAUUUGUCUCCUAAGCUUUGGUACCUUAGGGUUAAUGUCAUCGAGGCUCAGGAUUUGAUACCGAGCGAUAAAGGUCGGUACCCUGAAGUUUAUGUCAAAACCAUAUUGGGAAACCAGGCGUUAAGGACGAGAAUAUCUCAAAGCAGGACGAUUAAUCCGAUGUGGAACGAGGAUUUGAUGUUUGUGGCAGCUGAACCAUUUGAGGAACCGUUAAUACUCAGUGUGGAAGAUAGGGUGGCUCCGAACAAGGAUGAAGUUCUGGGGAAAUGUGCGAUCCCGUUGCAGUACGUGGAUAGGCGGUUUGACCACAAACCCGUGAACAGCAAGUGGUAUAACCUCGAGAAGCAUGUUAUGGUGGAAGGAGAGAAGAAAGAGACCAAAUUCGCCAGCAGGAUUCACAUGAGGAUCUGUCUGGAAGGCGGAUAUCAUGUUCUCGAUGAAUCAACCCAUUACAGCAGUGACCUCAGGCCAACUGCCAAACAGCUAUGGAAGCCGAGCAUCGGUGUGUUGGAAUUGGGCAUCUUGAAUGCCACUGGUCUGAUGCCUAUGAAGACGAAAGAUGGUCGGGGAACUACAGAUGCUUAUUGUGUGGCAAAGUAUGGGCAAAAAUGGGUUCGUACUCGGACGAUCAUAGAUAGCUUUACACCUAGAUGGAACGAGCAGUAUACGUGGGAGGUCUUUGAUCCGUGUACCGUUAUUACAGUCGGUGUGUUUGAUAACUGCCACUUGCAUGGAGCUGACAAGGGAGGAGGAGCUAAAGAUUCGAGGAUCGGGAAGGUUAGGAUCCGACUCUCGACUCUCGAGACUGAUCGGGUCUACACCCACUCGUACCCUCUUCUGGUGCUUCAUCCAAACGGGGUCAAGAAAAUGGGCGAGAUUCACUUGGCCGUGAGGUUUACUUGCUCAUCGCUGCUGAACAUGAUGCACAUGUAUUCGCUCCCUCUCUUGCCGAAAAUGCAUUACCUCCAUCCUCUCACUGUCAGCCAGCUCGAUAACUUGAGGCACCAAGCCACCCAGAUCGUCUCGUUGAGGUUGCACCGGGCUGAACCGCCGCUGAGGAAAGAAAUCGUGGAAUAUAUGCUCGAUGUCGGUUCCCACAUGUGGAGCAUGAGGAGAAGCAAGGCUAACUUCUUCAGAAUCAUGGGUGUUCUGAGUGGUUUGAUCGCUGUCGGAAAAUGGUUUGAUCAGAUCUGCAACUGGAAGAAUCCGAUCACGACGGUCUUAAUCCACAUCCUGUUCCUGAUACUGGUGCUCUAUCCCGAGCUAAUCUUGCCCACCAUCUUCCUCUACCUCUUCUUUAUCGGUGUCUGGUACUAUCGGUGGAGACCGAGGCAUCCUCCUCACAUGGACACUCGUCUCUCCCAUGCCGAUUCUGCCCACCCAGAUGAGCUCGACGAAGAAUUCGACACCUUUCCGACAUCCCGGCCCUCUGAUAUCGUCAGGAUGAGGUACGACAGGCUCCGUAGCAUCGCAGGGAGAAUCCAGACAGUAGUGGGCGAUCUCGCAACACAAGGGGAGAGGUUUCAGUCUCUACUUAGCUGGCGUGACCCGCGAGCCACUGCCCUUUUCGUCGUAUUCUGCCUGAUCGCGGCCGUCGUGUUGUACGUAACCCCGUUCCAGGUCGUGGCCCUCCUCACUGGCUUCUACGUCCUGAGACAUCCGAGGUUCAGACACAAACUCCCGUCGGUUCCGCUCAACUUCUUCAGGAGAUUACCAGCAAGGACCGAUUGCAUGCUCUGAGCAACCGAAAAAGCCGAAUCAAUCGCGAAUGGUUAAGGUACGGAUCUGUUUUGGGAUCUUUCCAGUGAUGAUGUGUGUUAGGGACCUUAAACCCCUUCUCUCAUGGAAGUAGCUAAGAGUUUCACCUUAGUGGGUUUCUUCCGCUCUUUCGUUGUUUUGUUUUUUGGGUCCAAGUAGUAGUGCAUAGGCUCCGUUUUUUUUUUUACCCGACAUCUUUUUCAUGAUUUUUUUUUUUAAAUUUUGUGUCGCCGGCAGCUCUGUUUUUGUAAUUUUGUCUGUUUGAAUGGUAGAAACUGUUGAAACGAGUAUCAUAUUGCAAUCUUUUUUUUUUCCUUUC